AUGGAGACCAAGGCGCUCGACGGGGUGCUCCCUCUGCCAUCCGGCUCAGGCAGCGGUAUCGGCUCGAACCUCUGCGACUUGUGCGGGAGCAGCGGGAUAUUGUCGCCCGCAACACUGGCGGUACUGGCAGUGUCGUCGGCGGCGGCACCGUCCAUGCCCUGCGUCUCUUCGACGAGGCGAGCCCGAGCCGUUCUUGGACUUGUCAGCACGGAGCCGACGUCUCUUUCAUUCACUCAUCUCGGCCUCGCGUUACAUUCUCAGCCCAAAUCUUCCUGGCAUGAUCCGCCUGUCGGAGCAGCUCUUCUGCGACUUGCUGAAAUCCGGCUAAAAUCUUGCACUCGGGACUCCGUAGUGGGCCUGUUGUUGUACCGCAAGCGUGCUCUGACGCAGCGCCGUCUCAAGCUUAUCUUGGAGCACAUGUCUUUCCGCGCCGCCAGACAGCCUGCAGCGUCCGGUCACAGGGCGGGAUCGUCGUCCGUCAUUGACAGCGCCCAGCCGUACGAGAACUCGAGCCCAGACUAUUCCUAUCACCCGGCCAAAUUGCCAUUGGCGAGUCUUACAACACAACGCACCCGCCAGCGGCGGCCACCGUAG